AUGAAUCGUGAGGAGACAGAGCGCUAUAUCAAUGUCGUUGUCAGCACGAAUUUCUGGAAAGGUGAAAGUGGAGCUGAGAUCAAAUUCAUGUAUCCAGCCUUGUACCGUACUAGCUGUAUGCUUGAUAUCAGGUUCUUCCCUUACGACCAACAGGAAUGUAAACUGAUAAUCUCGUCGUGGACAUCUUCAAAAAGCGAUAUCGACUAUGCAGCAGAGUUCCACGGUGUCAAUAUGGACAAUUUCAUCCCGAAUGAAGAAUGGGUGGUGGUCAGCUUCAACAUCAAACGAAUUGAGGAGAAGUUCGUCUGUUGUCCAGAGCCUUGGGUGCUUCUCGAAGCUGUUCUGGUUGUACGCCGUAAACCUCUCUACUACAUAGUGAAUCUCGUUAUUCCGAACAUCCGUUAUCACAAUGGUCGCCGUCACCGGCUUCUUCACUGCCGCGUCAAC